AUGUCCUACAGCUUCUCCUGGCUUGCGGUGGCCUUAUACCUCGCUACUGCGUUGGGGUUGACCAUCACCGAAAACGUCAUCUCCAUCAACCCAGUGAAUCUCUCCAUUGGAGACCUCAACAUCAUUCCCGGUGUCUACUACUCCAUUGUCAACAACGCCAUCACCACUCUUGCUGGUAACUUGAACAAUGAAGGUAGCUUCUACGUCACCUCUGACAACGGGUUGGCUGCUUCUGUGAGAAUCAUCUCUGGAACGAUCAAAAACCUGGGAAACCUUGCUUUCAACUCGUCUCGCGGCAGUGUCGUGAGCAACUACAACUUGAACUCCAUUGCCGCCUUCAACAACACCGGAAACAUGUGGUUUGGUCUCAGUGGCUUCUCCUUAACAUCUCCCAUUACACUUGGCUCAACAACCAAUUGGGAGAACCACGGCAGAAUCCACAUGGUCCAGGCCUCUGGAACCGCCUCCAGGGUCACCAUUUCUCAGAGUUUCGGCCGUAUCCACAACGAGGGUACUGUCUGUCUUACCAACAUGUACUGGGACCAGACCACCUCGAUUGAAGGCCAGGGCUGUAUCAAUGUGGGUGCUGGAUCCACGCUUCUGCUUGAAGUCAGCCCUUGGUUUAUUUCUGAGGAGCAGUAUAUCUACUUGUCGGACGAAACCUCCUUGGUUUCCGUGGUGGGCUUGUCUUCUUCCUUGACUGGUACCAAGACCUACACUGUGGUUGGCUUUGGUGGUGGAAACACCAUCAGAGUGUCGCUUGGCUUUGACUCCUACAACUACAAGGACGGUCUUUUGACGCUUUCUUUCUUCUUGGGCUUGUUCAAGAUGGGCUUCCACAUUGGUCCAGGUUACGAAAACGGCAAUUUUGCAACCAACGGUAUUCUGAACUCCGGUACGAGAAUCACCUACAACGAUCCUUUCAGCGGAGAAGUUCCCGAUGUGUGUCAGUGUGAAGACUUUCCCGAGCCUCCUUUGGAGCCUACGGACUCCUCUUCUGCUGUUUCCAGCACGGAAACUGCUUCCUCUUCUGAAACAGACAACUCGGGCACAUCUUCUGAAACAGACGCCAACUCGGACUUGACUGAAUACACCACAACUUACACGACCACCGAUUCUGACGGAAAUGAGACCACUGACAGCGGAGUGGUUAUUGUGACGACUGAUUCCGAUGGAUCUUUGACAACCACUACCUCCAGCCUUGAACCAUCCUCAGACCAGACCGAAUACACCACUACCUGGACCACCACCGACUCUGACGGAAACACACAGACAGACUCUGGCGUGGUAAUUGUGACGACCGAUUCUGACGGCUCCUUGACUACUACCACUUCUCAGAUUGAUGAAAACGACGGCCAGACUCAGUACACUACCACUUACACCACCACCGACUCGGAAGGCAACGAGAGCACUGGAAGCGGUGUGGUUAUUGUUACUACUGACUCUGAAGGCUCCUUGACCACAACCACCUCCCAGAUUGACGAUGAUCAGACAGAGUACACCACUUCGUAUACCACCACUGACUCCGAUGGUGAUGUUAGCACUGGUACGGGCGUUGUUAUAGUGACUACGGAUUCAGACGGUUCUUUGACAACGACAACUUCCGAUAUUCCUGCUUCUGACAACGGCCAGACUGAGUUUACUACGACUUAUACAACUACUGACUCAGAUGGUAACGAGUCUACCGGAAGUGGUGUGGUAAUUGUGACUACCGAUUCUGACGGUUCAUUGACCACUACUACCAGUGCAAUUGAUGGUGAUAAUGGCCCCACAGAGUACACUACUACCUAUACUACCACCGAUUCAAAUGGCGAUUCUUCCACUGGAACUGGUGUGGUUAUCGUUACUACAGACUCUGAGGGUUCAUUGACUACCACCACCAGUGCAAUUGACGGUGGUCAGACCGACUAUACCACAACUUAUACUACCACUGACUCUGAUGGAAACGAAUCCACUGGUACUGGUGUUGUGAUUGUUACCACAGAUUCAGACGGAUCCUUGACAACCACCACUUCUCAGAUCGAUGGUGGUGAAACCGAUUACACUACUACUUACACCACAACCGACUCCGAUGGAAACGAGUCUACUGGAAGUGGAGUAGUCAUUGUCACCACUGAUUCCGAUGGCUCUUUAACUACAACCACUUCUGAAUUUCCCGGAUCCACUGGUGGUCCAACCGAGUACACUACUACCUACACCACCACCGAUUCUGAUGGAAAUGCUUCUACUGGAAGCGGAGUGGUUAUUGUUACUACAGACUCGGAUGGCUCUUUGACCACUACUACUUCUGAGAUCAAUGGCGGCGAUCAAACCGAGUAUACGACCGCUUAUACUACUACUGAUUCGGAUGGAAACGAGUCUACUGGAAGUGGCGUUGUCAUUGUCACCACAGACUCUGACGGUUCUUUGACUACGACUACUUCUCAGAUCGAUGAUAAUGGUCAGACGGAAUACACCACCACCUAUACUACUACAGACUCAGAUGGAAAUGAAUCUACUGGUACCGGCGUCGUUAUUGUUACCACUGAUUCAGACGGAUCAUUGACAACCACAACUUCUCAAAUUAACGGUGGUGAAACCGACUACACUACAACUUUCACGACAACAGACUCCGAUGGGAAUGAAUCUACCGGUACUGGUGUGGUUAUUGUUACUACCGAUUCUGAUGGUUCUUUGACGACUACUACUAGUCAAAUUGAUGGAGGCGAUGGUCCUACUGAAUUCACAACUACCUAUACCACGACGGACCCAGAUGGAAACACUUCUACUGGAAGUGGAGUGGUUAUCGUGACCACCGAUUCUGACGGAGCCUUAACCACAACCACCAGUGCCAUUGACGGUGAUAAUGGCCCUACUGAGUAUACUACUACUUACACCACUACCGACUCUGACGGUAACUCUUCCACGGGUUCUGGAGUAGUGAUAGUAACUACAGACUCUGACGGUUCCUUGACCACCACGACUUCUCCACUUGACGAUGCUACAAACGGUCCUACCGAAUAUACCACCACCUGGACUACGACCGAUUCUGACGGAAACCCAACUACCGAUUCUGGCGUCGUUAUCGUCACCACCGACUCGGACGGAAGUUUGACCACUACAACCUCUGAAAUCGGGCCAACCGAGUACACCACCACCUGGACGACCACCAACUCCAACGGAGAACAAGUUACUGAUUCUGGUGUGGUUAUCGUUACGACCGACUCUGACGGUUCCUUGACCACAAGCACCUCUGAGUUUGGAAGCCCUACUGAGUACACUUCUACCUGGACCACCACCGAUGCCAACGGAAACCCUACUACAGAUUCUGGCGUGGUGAUUGUGACGACUGAUUCUGACGGUUCUUUAACUACCACCACUUCCCAAUACGACGAUGGAGAUAUCACCGAAUUUACGUCUACUUGGACCACUACAGACUCCAACGGCAACCCAUCGACUGGUUCUGGUGUGGUGAUUGUUACUACCGACUCGGAUGGAAGCUUGACCACCACCACUUCUGACUUCCCUAACAACCCUACCAACCCUGGAACCAACCCUGGAACCAACCCUGGAACCACCGAAUUCACUUCUACAUGGACCACUACCGACGGUAACGGAAACCCAAUCACCGACUCUGGUGUGGUAAUCGUUACCACCGAUUCUGACGGAAACCUCGUUACUUCCACCUCCACAUUCGGUUCUGACGACGAUAUCACCGAUUACACCUCCACAUGGACUACUACCAAUUCUGAUGGAAACCCAAGCACCGGUUCUGGCGUUGUCAUUGUCACAACUGACUCCGAUGGCUCCUUAACCACAUCCACUUCCCAGUUCGGUCCAGGUAUCACCGACUACACAUCCACUUGGACAACCACAGACGAAAACGGCAACCCUAUCACUACCUCCGGUGUGGUGAUUGUAACCACCGAUUCAGACGGGAACUGGUACACCACAACCUCUGGUUUCCCUGGUAUCACCGACUACACUUCCUCAUGGACGACUACCGAUUCAGACGGAAAUCCUACUACUGAAUCUGGCGUGGUGAUCGUAACCACAGACUCCGACGGAAGCUUGACCACAUCCACUUCCCAGUUGAAGCCUACCGACUACACCUCCACUGUUCAGCUGACCGAUACUGAUGGAAACGUCAAAACCAAGACCGUCUACGUCUGUGAAACCACAGCUUCCAAUGGUGACUGGACUACUUACACCACCGAGUGUCCUGAAACCACUGCUUUUGUUUCCACCAAGGAGGACGGUUCCAAGACCACUGUGACUGGUGCUAUCAUCCAAACCACCAUCCACGGAGUGCCUACCUCUUACACUUCCGUGCUUUCACCACCUGAAACUUCUGUGGAUUCUUAUGAAACCACCAAGAACGGCAAGACCGUCACGCUUGAGCGUACAAUUGUUGUUCUGACCGAUGCACUUGGAAAUCCUCAUACGUCUACUAUUGCUGGAGAGUCCACUGCUCCUUCUGGUGCUUCUCAGACUCCAGAAACCUCAGUUGCAGUUCCUUCUGAAACAGCUCCUGCUGCUUCCAUUCUGACGUACGACGGUGCUGGUUCACUUCCCAAAUUUGGCCUUGAGUGGGUUCUUCCCCUUGGCCUUUUCGUUCUUUUUUGA